AGUCUCUCAGGCAGUGGAUGUCAGGCUGGCCCGGAACACCCUCUCCCCAGCUGCAGUGGGAGCAGUGAGCCAUGGAGCUGUAUUUUGGUGAAUACCAACACGUGCAGCAGGAAUACGGUGUCCACCUGAGACUGGAAAGUGAUGAAACCAAGAAAUCAAGGAAUUCUCAGCACUCAAAGUCAGGCUCCUAUGGUGUCAGUAUUCGGGUACAGGGAAUUGAUGGCCACCCCUACAUAGUCUUGAAUAAUACCGAGCGGUGUCUGGCAGGCACAUCUUUUUCUGAAAACGGGCCGUCAUUUCCAUCUCCAAUGAUAAAUAAACUGCCUCUACAUUCCAGUAAUGGGUCUGCGCUAGACAACAAUGAAGAAGAACUGCAGCUCCCGGAGAACCCAUAUGCCCAGCCCAGCCCAAUAAGAAACCUGAAACAACCCUCUUUCUUUGAGGGCAAGAAUGGAAUUGUUGAACGCAAAGAGGGUUCACUGAAGCCAUCCCACAUGCUGAACUUUCAGAGGCACCCAGAGCUCUUGCAGCCCUAUGAUCCUGAAAAGAAUGAGUUGAACUUACAAAGUCACCAGGCUUCUGAGAGUAACUGGCUAAAAACUUUAUCAGAAGAAGGCACCAACAAUAAGAAAGCUUGGACUUGCUUUCCAAAAUCCAGUGGUCCCCAGCUGGCCAGCCCACCUUUGGAAGAUCUGACCAAAUCCAGCAUCACAGCCAUUCGUUUAUGCAGCUCAGUGGUGAUAGAGGACCCCAAGAAGCAGACAUCUGUGUGCGUGAACGUUCAGAGCUGCAGCAAGGAGGGGAUCGUGGAGGAGGCGCUUCUCCCUAGCAGGAGGCCCCUGACCAGCCACAGCCCAAACACCCAACUGGAAGCCAAGAAAACCAGGCCAGAUGUGUUGCCCUUCCGACGGCAAGAUUCAGCCGGGCCGGUUCUGGAUGGAGCUCGGUCUCGGAGAUCCUCGUCAUCCUCCACCACCCCCACUUCAGCCAACUCCUUGUACAGAUUUUUACUUGAUGAUCAAGAAUGUGCCAUCCAUGCUGACAACGUGAACCGUCAUGAAAACAGACGCUAUAUCCCCUUCUUGCCAGGAACGGGGCGGGAUAUUGAUACAGGGUCAAUUCCUGGUGUAGAUGAGUUAAUUGAAAAAUUUGACCAAAAACCUGGGCUGCAGAGGAGAGGGAGGUCUGGGAAACGAAACAGAAUUGAUCCAGAAGACAGGAAGAGAUCGCGAAGCGUGGACAGUGCCUUUCCUUUUGGUCUCCAGGGGAACAAGGAGUACCUAAGCGAAUUUAGCAGGAACCUGGGCAAGUCGAGUGAACACCUGCUCCGACCAUCCCAGCUGUGUGGGCACCGGCCGGUGGCCCCCGAGCUCCGAGGGAGGCAGGGUGCGGGGCGUGCCUUUGCCAAGCUGCAGGGAGCGAUGCCUGGCACCCAGGGUGCCCACCCCAGGCCCGCCCAGCAGAACAAAGAUGGGAAAGCUCCAGAAAACAAAGCUGGUCAGGAAAGUAGGACAGUGCGCCCGUCCUCCCUUCCAGCUCAGAAUAACAAGGAAGAGGAGAUCAAAACGGCCACUGCUACCCUGAUGUUACAGAACCGGGGGGUAGCAACUUCUCCUGACUCUGGUGCCAAGAGGAUUUCUGUGAAGACAUUUACUUCCACCUCAAAUACUCAGGCCACCCCGGAUCUGUUAAAAGGUCAGCAAGAGCUUUCUCAGCAAACCAAUGAGGAGACUGCCAAGCAGAUACUUUACAAUUACCUCAAAGAAGGAAGCACCGACAAUGAUGAUGCUACUAAAAGGAAAGUCAACCUGGUCUUUGAGAAAAUCCAGACAUUAAAGUCUCGAGCAGCAGGGAGUACCCAAGGAAAUAACCAAGCUUCUAAUUCUUCAUCUGAAGUCAAAGAUCUAUUGGAACAGAAAAACAAGUUGACCACAGAAGUCGCUGAACUUCAGAGACAGCUUCAACUUGAAACCAAGAAUCAACAGAACAUCAAAGAAGAGAGAGAGAGAAUGAAAGCAAACUUAAAAGAACUUCAAAGCCAACAUGACAAUAAGGUGGAAGAGAACUCAGUACUGCAACAGCGGCUGGAAGAAAGUGAAGGGGAGCUUCGAAAGAAUCUGGAAGAACUGUUUCAGGUGAAGAUGGAACGAGAACAGCACCAGACUGAGAUCAGGGAUCUCCAGGACCAACUCUCAGAAAUGCAUGAUGAAUUGGACAGUGCUAAGCGAUCCGAGGACAGGGAGAAGGGUGCUCUAAUUGAGGAGCUCUUACAAGCAAAACAGGAUCUUCAAGAUCUGCUCAUCGCCAAAGAGGAGCAGGAAGACCUUUUGAGAAAGCGGGAGCGGGAACUCACUGCUCUGAAGGGAGCCUUGAAGGAAGAGGUUUCCAGCCACGACCAGGAGAUGGACAAGCUGAAGGAGCAGUACGAUGCUGAGCUGCAGGCCCUGAGGGAGAGCGUGGAGGAAGCCACCAAGAAUGUUGAGAUCCUGGCCAGUCGCAGCAAUACUUCAGAGCAAACGCAGGUGGAUGCUGAAAUGCACGUGAAGGCUCUGCAGGAGGAGAAUGACAAGCUGCGGAGAAGCUUCGGGGAACUGGAGUGCAGCGUUGCUCGGCUUCAGAGGCAGAUUGCUGACUUGGAAAGCGAUGAAGCCAAAGCGAAGGAAAUGCUCAAGAAGUACGAGGCAGAAAUUCAGCAAUUAGAAGAGGCCCUCGUGCACGCAAAGAAGGAAGAAAAAGAAGCCAUGUCAACCAAAAGGACCCUGGAGAGUGAACUGGAAGAUGCUCAGAGAAAUCUGAGUCGGGCCACCCUGGAGCAGAAGCAGUUGUCUGAGAAGCUAAAAGAUGAGGCUGAGCAGAAGGAGCAGUUAAGGAGACUGAAGAACGAAAUGGAGACAGAGCGAUGGCAUCUUGACAAGACUAUUGAGAAACUGCAGAAGGAGAUGGCCGACAUUGUCGACGUGUCCCGCACAUCAACACUGGAGCUCCAGAACCAGCUGGAUGAGUACAAGGAGAAAAAUCGCAGGGAGCUUGCAGAAAUGCAAAGGCAGUUGAAGGAGAAAACCCUAGAGGCAGAAAAGUCCCGUCUGGCAGCCACGAAAAUGCAUGAUGAGAUGCGUGUGAUGGAGGAAGAGUUACGGGACUACCAGAGAGCUCAGGAGGAGGCGCUCACAAAAAGGCAGCUUCUGGAGCAGACACUGAAAGACCUGGAGUAUGAGCUGGAAGCUAAGAGUCACCUGAAAGAUGACCGCAACAGACUCGUCAAGCAGAUGGAGGACAAGAUGUCGCAACUGGAGAUGGAACUGGAUGAAGAGAGAAACAACUCGGAUUUGCUGACUGAUAGGAUCACCCGCAGCAGGGAACAGAUGGAGCAGAUGAGGAGCGAGCUACUUCAGGAGAGAGCUGUGAGGCAAGACUUGGAGUGUGACAAGAUUUCCCUGGAAAGACAGAACAAGGACUUAAAGAGCCGGAUUAUCCACCUGGAAGGUUCCUACAGAUCCAGCAAAGAGGGGCUCGUGGUGCAGAUGGAGGCCAGGAUCGCAGAGCUUGAGGACCGUCUGGAGGGCGAGGAGAGAGACCGGGCGAGCCUGCAGCUCAGCAACCGCCGGCUGGAACGGAAAGUGAAGGAGCUGGUGAUGCAGGUAGAUGAUGAACACCUGUCACUGACGGAUCAGAAGGACCAGCUGAGCUUGCGCUUGAAAGCAAUGAAGCGACAGGUGGAGGAAGCUGAGGAGGAAAUCGACAGACUAGAAAGUUCAAAAAAGAAGUUGCAGAGGGAGCUGGAGGAGCAGAUGGAUGUGAAUGAGCAGCUCCAGGGACAGCUCAAUUCCAUAAAGAAGGACCUAAGCAGACUGAAGAAGCUGCCAAGCAAAGUGCUGGACGACGUGGAUGAUGACGACGACCUCAGCACAGACGGGGGGAGCCUCUAUGAGGCGCCACUGAGCUACACCUACCCCAAGGACAGCACCAUGGUCAGCCAGAUCUGAGUCCACCCCCAGGUCUGUGGGAGAGGCCCAGCAUUCCUUGUGGUCACUCAGAAGCACCUGCAGCUGGAGAGAGGCGCUCCCCCCGCCCUCCCCGGAGCAGAGACCCAUCGCUCCUUCUCACCUCACAAGCUGCCUCUUCCAGGCCACAUCCCUCCUUGGGUCUUUAAAGGGCGGUGCAGUUCUUGUAUCUUAGCCGUGUUGUGUGUUGCUCUCGCAGUUUGAAGGCUGAGAUGCCUGGGGCUUAGACGCACUGCCCAUUGGGGGCGGGGGUUUGAAAAUACAAUUUGGCAGAAUGAAGCCUCUGUCGGCCGGCAUCAUUUGUGAUGCUCAUCCUGUCUAGAACAAAAAGCUAGUUGUUUACUAGCCAUUACGUGGGGGGAAAAAUGUAUAGAUUGUACAUAUUUUAAUACAGACCUUCGCAUGGACUGCUGCUGUUCCACUUUGGAAUGUUACAGAGGCUUCAUGAGGUGGCUUAUUUGUAAAGUUCACACAUCUGUAUUGAGUAUUAUUUUUAAAAAUAUGAAACUAGUAGGUUUUAAGUAUUAUGGAGCAGGGGCAAGAGAAAGCAGGCAGAAUAGAGACCACUUUGGAAGUCAGAGUUGGAAAACAAACAGUUAAUACUGAGGGCGGAAAGGCAGGUGGUCUUGGUAAAUGACUUGCUGAUGGAAGGGAGUCAGGAGGUCGCUUGUAUUUGUGGUUUGGGUGGCUUAUUUUAUCUAGAAUUUCGUAAGGAUUUCUGAACCAUGCUGUGGUCAAAUCCCAGUCCCCCGUUGUAUUUCCUUUACACAGGUGUUGGGGGGAGACUUGUACAUCAGGCUCUUGACAGAUGCUGUGGUUUCUAGAAGGAUAAGUCAUUCUUAUCCAUGCUUUCCUUCCUGCUCACAUAGCAGACCUCUGAAUUACGCUCUUGCAACCCCUGAUGAGUGGGGAAUAGGUGGGUAUUGGGAAAAGGUUCACAGACUGAAUUAUAGAACAGAGGUGGGAGGUGUUCGGUAAAGAGCUGGGGAAGGGGAUAAGCAGGUAUGUGAGUGUAGGGGCAGGUGAAAAGGGAGAGAGAGUGUUUUUGGAAACUGGGAGCUGUGUAGACAAGAGGUGAGUUGAGCAAAAUAUCAGGUCUUUGUCAGGAAAGGAGGAAAGAAACAAGUCAGGCAGAGAGAUGUCUAUGCAAGCUGGAAGUCUCCUUUUAACUUUCUGUGACACAGGGACAAGAGAGCCAGUACCAGGCAUGAAGUGCCUGGGACUAGAUGUGGUUAGGAGCAAGGUCCUGUGACAGGGAGAGACAAUCACAGGGAGAACAGCCUUGGAAGGAUACAGGGCAUCCCCUUACUUCCUCCUGGCCUUCCUCGUAUCACCUCUCCCUGUCCCAGUUAUGUCCAGAGGCGAGGCCCAGUCACAGCUGGGGCCUCACGAACCAUUCUGAGAACCCGAUGAGUUGUCCAUGUGUGGGAGAAGAGGCGAGUUGCUCAGCAGUGUCCCCAAGCAUCAUAGCUCGGAAUCCUAGUGCCCGACCUAUCCCAGGUCACAGAGGCCACCCAACAGGAUUCAGAAUGGUCAGCCCUUUUUAAGGGCAUGGACAUUGUCUCUCUUUAUGGGGGAGGCCCUUGGAGCAGGAGAGCCAAGCCCACCCUCAGCACAGCUGGGAUGCCUCUGCUGACUUACUUGCGGUGUGGAGAGUCCUCCCUUUGUUCAUUCAACAAGCCUUUCUUGGGUACCUAUGAUGUGUGAGGCACAGUCCUUGGCACUGGAAAUAAGUGAAUAAAACAAGUAAGAAUCCCUCCUGGAUCAGAGUCAGGGGAAAAGGGUGAUGGACAACAGGAAACACAGAAGCUUGGCCCUCUGAACCCACCCCUGAAGCCCCUCUGUCCUGAGGCUGGUCGACUGACCUGCUGGGACUCCUAAGGUCCUUCAGCCUUCAAUGUUCUUGAUUUCUCUGUUGUUCCCGCCGUCAUCAGAUAUUUGACAGUAAGCCUGCCUAGAAAUGCCUCCGCCCACUCCUAACUACAGAUUGGACAUGAGAAUGGUCAGCGGGCCCCAGAGUUUGGGAGCCAGUGAGUGUCUAUUCUGUUUUGUGAGAACGUUGCUGCCCCUCAUUCUAGCUAGUUCCUUCUGUUCGUCUGAAGCUGGCUACAAGCAGCAGCAAAGCUGCCCAUCCUGCACAGUGCUGGGCUGGGUGCAGGCAGUGUAGCAGGCUGGAUAACUCAGGGCUGGGAACUGGGAGGUGUUUUCCAGUCCUGGCUUAUCCUACCCUGGGCACCUUGUACAGGGCUUGCCUGCAUAGCUCUGACAUGCUAGCAUCUUUUGACUAUUAUAUAUACAUAUUUUUUCUGUUGCUCAAGAAUAUUUUCUUUAGCUAGCUUAAAAAGAAAAAUAUUUUAUUUAAUAAACAAAUAUGUGGCCGAAUGCAAUGCUGAAAAGACAAUCAUCCAGUGUCUAUACUUCUUUCCCUGCUUCAGAGUGUCACUCAUGCUACAGGGACAAUAGGCUUAUUCUGUUGGGUCUCUUCUUUGGAUGUGGACUAGCUGCUCUUAUUGCAGCUCCCGCUAUGUAAAUGAGCUCGAGAAAGCAAAGAUUACCUUUCAAUAAACGGCAUCAGCUGACAGGAAUCUCGACUCUCCCAUUAUUUUGACUCCCUCAUUUUCUCCAGAGCCUGGCUCUUGUGUUCGCCAAGAAACAGCCAGCUGAAUGGCUGGAAGAUACUCCAGGAACAGGACCAUGGUGGCAAUUGCAGGCCAGGAUCAGUUUCUGAAAUAGAGAGAGGAGUGGGUCCUUGGUGAACACCGAGAGGAUGAAUGCACCUGGGUGGUCGUGGUGUUCUGAGAAAUCCAAACUGCCACUUCCAGAAAAAUGGCUGAGGCAAAGGUGUU